AUGCUCGACCUCAGUAGCAUUUUCAUCAUGGACUCUGAGGGGAUUGUCAUCCGAAUAAAGACUCCGUUAGGGGACAUGGAUUCUUCUGUUGACUCUCCAUCACUGCUUAACUUCACUGACUUGCUGGUUGCUAUCAGAGAUGUAAUGCCUGAAGCGACUGUCACUGCAUUUGAAUAUGAAGAUGAGGUUGGUGACAGAAUCACUGUGAGAAGUGACGAAGAGCUCAAAGCCAUGUUGUCAUAUUACUGCAGCACAAUGAAUGAACAACGGGUGAAUGGACAGCUUCCAGAGCCUCUACAGAUCUUUCCACGAGCCGGCAAGACUCCAGGGAUCCGGAACAUACAUGGCCUGAAGGUUAAUACAAGACCUAAUCCCGCCAAUGACUGUACACAUGGGGUAACAGAGCCAAUGGCCAACAACAGCUUGAAGAAAUCCUCUGCUGAGCUGAAGAGGAUAUUGACAACUGGUCAGAUAAACGCCCAGGAUAUCCAAUACCAAGAGCAACUUGGACAAGGAAAUGGAGGCACAGUCUACAAAGCUUAUCAUCUUCUCGGCAAGCGUGUUUUAGCUGUCAAGGUAAUUCCCCUUGACAUCACUGUGGAGUUACAGAAGCAGAUAAUGUCAGAGUUGGAAAUUCUCUACAAGUGUGACUCACCCUACAUCAUCACUUUCUUCAGUGCUUUUUUUGUGGAAAACAGGAUAUCCAUAUGCACAGAAUUUAUGGAUGGUGGAUCACUUGAUGUUUACAAAAGAAUUCCAGAGCAUGUUCUGGGAAGGAUUGCUGUGGCAGUAGUGAAAGGCCUAACCUAUCUGUGGAGCUUAAAGGUACUUCACAGAGAUGUCAAGCCCUCCAAUAUGCUGGUGAACACCCGGGGACAAGUCAAGCUAUGUGACUUUGGUGUCAGCACUCAGUUGGUGAAUUCUAUUGCUAAAACAUAUGUGGGAACAAAUGCAUACAUGGCUCCAGAGCGCAUAUCAGGGGAACAGUAUGGUAUCCAUGCAGAUGUCUGGAGUGUUGGUAUCUCUUUCAUGGAGCUGGCCCUCGGAAUGUUUCCAUAUCCGCAGAUUCAGAAAAACCAAGGGUCUUUAAUGCCUCUUCAGUUACUGCAAUGCAUCGUUGAUGAGGAUCCUCCAGUUCUUCCAGCAGGACAGUUCAGCGAGACGUUUGUUCACUUCAUAACUCAGUGUAUGAGAAGACAACCGAAAGAGAGACCUGCACCAAAUAACCUAAUGGAUCAUUCCUUCAUCGUGCAAUACAACGAUGGAAAUGCAGAGGUGGUGUCCAUGUGGGUUUGUCGCUGUUUGGAAGAGAGGCGAACACAGCAGGCCCAAGGUCAUAACGUGCGCCUUGAUGGCCCAUGA